AUGAGACGCAUGGACUUGGAGGAGAAGCGCCGAAACGAGGCCGAGAAGGCAGCGGAGACUGCUAAGUUGGUUGCUGAAGCUGCAGCUAAAGCCAAGACUGGUGGCGGAGCAUCGCCCAGCGCUUCAGGAACGGCUACGGCUUUAGAUCCUACAGUGGUGCUGAGUCAGUUGGCCACGGCAGUGGCCCAGCUUGCUAGCGUGAACCAGCCAAAGCCCAAUACCUGGUCUGAAAGCAAGUAUGUGAAGGCCCCAGAGAUCUUCGCGCCGAAAAGCCUCGAUGAAGAAUUGAGCCAGUGGAGUGAAUGGAGCUUUACCUUUAAACAAUGGAUGUACAUCCAAGAAGAGGAGUAUCGCAAUGAAUUUCAGAAGUGCGAGACUGCAGACAGCUUCGUGAGCUUUGAGUCGUAUGCCCCCGAAACGAAGGCUAGAAGUAUCAGACUGUAUGCCAUUUUGGCAACAUAUUUGAGACAGAGGCCCCUUCGCAUUCUUCGUAGUGUGGAGAACCGCGACGGUUACAGAGUGUGGAGAACCCUUUCAGACGAAUUGCAACCACAGUCACGACCCAGAGCACUUGCACUAGCUCAGGCUCUUGUCCGGUUCCCUGCGUAUAAGGAGGGUGGCUCACUAUUGGACUACACGUUAGCCUUUGAGAGGUUAGUACAAGAGUACGACAAAGUGGCUGCAGCUCCAUAUGACGACAACCUUAAGAUCAGCACCCUCCUCAGUGGCCUGCCAGGAGAUGUCAAGAAGUACUUGCAGCUCAACCUGGACGAGACAAUGACCUACGAGAAGAUGCGCACGGGGUCUUCGGAACAUUUGCUUCGUUCAGUUGGGAUUGAGAAAGAUGCAAAGUAUCUAGAAUCUGGGGGUCCUACGCCGAUGGAUGUUGAUAGGGUGGAGCAAGGCAAGGACAGAAGCAACAAAGGCGAAAAGGGCAGAAAGGGCAAGGACAAGGGCAAGGGCAAGUAUCAUUACCAGCAACAUGGCAACAAAGGCUGGGGCAGCUAUGGGGACAAAGGCUCUGGCAAGCAGUGGGGAAAGAACAACAAGGGCAAGGACAAGAGUGGGAAGAAUGGAAAGAAAGGCAAGGACAAGGACAAAGGCAAGGGCAAGCUUGGUCCAUGCUACACGUGUGGGCGAAUGGGACACAUUGCAGCUGAUUGUCGUGCCGGAGUGCGUCAAGUGCAAGAGAGUGAGAGCAGUACCUCAGUUCCUUCGUCUAGCGCGUCAACAGCUUCGUCGAAUGCCUCAACAACCUCAAGUGCCCGAACAAUACCCCAAGUUCGCCGUUUGGAGUUGCACACUAUGCCCGUGAUUGAAGAGAUUGAAGCAGAAAGUGAGUUCCUGAUCUACACUCCGCCAAGUGCCCCAACAUGUCAGUACUAUGACCUCUCUGGCCAGGAUAGCGAGAACGAGAACUUCAGCGAGAUCCGGAUGGUCACCUUGGAGAGCGAGGCUUUAGAGGAGACAGAGCCCGAGCUAGCAUCUACGAGCACGUUGAUGUUUGACAUUCACAGUCCACGCAGUUCUGAUGGUGAAGAUUGUGGUCAUGUGCGUGUAGUGCGUGAGCAAAUGGUAGGCUAUCAGGAGGUGAUCCUAGACAGCGGUGCUGAUGUGACAGUGCUGCCCAUGAACAUGAGUGAAGCUGGAGAGGAGAGUGGGAGUGUUGCAAACAUUAGAGACGCCCAAGGUAACACUAUCGCGUCGAGCAGUACGAGACGGAAUGUGAUCUUUGAGAUGGAGGGCCUAGAUGGCAAGAAGAUCUACUUCAAGGAUAGAGCGGUCAUUGGGAACGUUCGGCAACCACUGAUGUGCGUAGGCAAGUUGUUUCAGAAUGAUUGGUCAGUGCAGCGAGAUUCAAGUGGCAGUCAUGUAAUGGCACGAGGAAACCAAGGGUUCGCAGUGCACUGGGCCAGAAACUCCUUAGCGACACGUUGCAAGAUCUACAGAAUCGAGUCUGGAGAUGAUGCGAGCUCGAAUGUUCGGAUGAUUGUUGAGAUCCCUGAAAACCUUGAGCGACUCUCAGCCACACCUGGGUGGAAGCUGAGGCGAGAUGGACAGCCAAUGCAUGUGAGCAUGUCCAGUGAUUGCACAGUAAACCCAGGCAGAUCGUAUCCGAGUCACAUCUGGCCAUUCCGAAGUACGUUGGUGCACAAGGGUGAGAGAAAGUAUGAGGUUUUCGAGAGUGGCGAAAUCUGGGAAGGCAGAGAGGUUUUGCAGACUUAUGGCCCCAAAGUGAAGAUGAUCACGCUGCUGUCCCAGAACCCUGUAGAUCCCGAGACACUUGGAGCUGUUCAAUCGGAACUCGCUCGUCCACAAGUUCGAGGUCAAGCGAGAGAAGCUGAAGCGCCAGAAGAAGCUAGAGAAGAGAGAUGUGAGCGACCAAUGGAAGUAGAAGUGGGUGCAUCCCAGGCACUUGGUCUUGCAGAGAGUGGUCCACCUGAUGGGCCUGAGGAGCGAGCCGAACAUCCUGCUGAGGCAGAUGUGCUUCCGAGGGAAACUGGGGAAGAGAAGUUGGUCAUUAAUGGGAUCGAGGUCUUCGAAACUUCAUCUUUGAGAACAUUGCGGGCAGCGUGCCAGUACAUGCGCAUAAGCAAGAGUGGUGGUAAAGGAGUGCUAUGGGCAAGGCUGCAAGCAGAGAUUGCAGAUUCUCGAAUCAAGGCGGCAGUCCAGGCGUCCGAUGCGAUGUUGACAGAGUAUGCUAGACAGCCUCAAGUGGAACCUCAAGCGGCGCUGCCUGAUCAAGCCACCAUAGACCUUCAUGAAAUAACCCACUUCCCUCGAGCAUCUUGGUGCUCAGCGUGCUUGUCAUCAAGAAGCAGGGAGGACAACCACCCGGGAGCCGAGACGAAGGAGAGAGGCGUGAUACACGUCGACUUCAUGUUUGGUAGAACAGAAACGCCGGGCAGUGAUGAAGAGCAUGCGAUGUCAACACACAUGGUGGUAGUGGAUGAGCAGACGAACUUCUGUCUUUGUGUACCAGUAGAAUCCAAAGCGGCUCAUGACUUGAAGAAUGCGACUGAAGAAGUGGUGAAGCUAGGAGCGGUGCUGGGACAUUCAGAGCUAGUGAUCCGAGGUGACAGCGAGCCAGCCAUGAUCCAGUUCCUCAAGACCGUGAGUGCGAGCAGAUCGAGGCUGGGAUUGGGAACUAAGAUCGAAGUGGCACCUCCGGAUUCACAGCUGCACCAUGGGUUGAAAGCUGAGCGCUUCAUUACCAUAGUGAGAUCGAUGGGAAAGUGUUUGUUGGCUUCGAUAGAAGAAAAGACAGAUUUCAUGUUCUUCGUUGCGGCCAGACCCCGUUUGAACUCCUCCAUGGUAGAGCGUAUGCUGGGAAGUUGUGCCCGUUUGGCGCAACAGUGUUUGCCCAAAUCCUUCCGAAAACGAAUGCCAAAGCAAUGCGUGUGGUUGGGAAAGUCUUCCAUGGGAAACUUAAACCUGGUGGCGGAUCAGCAUGGAGUACACUAUGCAAGGUCGGUACGGAGGGGUUCCACAACGUAUGUGACUGAAAACCUUGUGAGCAUGAAGGGUGUGCCGUGGAACUCCGUGUUGGAUGUUGUCCCGACCAAGCCCAAAAGAGCGCCCAGAAUCAGAGUACCGGAUGUGUUGCUUCCCCAAGCGCCUCAAGAUGAAGCAGCGAGUGACCCACCUUCGUCGGUGGCUGGUGAACCCGCAGGAGGGAUAGGAGGUGGAAUUACUCCUGAAGGCGGUUCAGUGAUGAGCACGGAUUCACCUGAGAUGCUUCCUGAUGCCGAAAUGGAGAAUGCGAGUCAGGUGGUAGAGCUUGAGGGAUACAUGCUUAGAAGAGUCGUGGGCACCAGUCACCCUACAAACCACGAAGAUGAAAUCGAGAUAGAGGGUUUAGAGGUGGACCUACCAAUCGAGAGCAUGGAGCAGGACUACGAGAAGGGGCUUGAGGGGCAAAGCGUUGAGGAUCACGAAGAAUUGCCUUGGAAGGGUAGAACGUAUGAAGAGGGUCCUCCUCAACUAAGCCAGCAAGAACUGGAAGAGUUGGACAGAAGGAUGGAUGACGUUGAGUAUACCAGGUUGGAGAAGAUGGGAGUCCUGAGACCCAUGCAACGUGAAGAAGAUGGUAAGGGCAUGGUGUGUUUAAAGUCGAAGACGGUGCGCGACUGGAGGUUCAGGGGGGAGUGGCGAAGGAGAUCGCGUUUGGUGGCGAAGGAGUUUAGACACCUUCAACCGGCCCUUGAAGACCUGUAUGCUCCAGCGAGCCUUGGGAUCCUCCAGAAGUUGCUAGCGGGCUUGUGUGUGAGUGGGGAGAACCUCGUCAUGUACAUGGUUGAUGUUUCCGAUGCUUACCUUAUGGUACCACAGAGGAGACCUACAUACAUCACUACCUCAACAGGACUCUCCUAUGAACUCAAAUACAAUCUUCCCGGACAGCGUAGUGGGGCGAGAGAUUGGUUCAUGUAUGCAGGGGCGAUUUUCGCGAAAGAUGGCUUGACAUCGUAUCCUGCAGCACCAGCAGUGUAUUAUGAACCAAAAUCCCUUGCGUGUUCAACACACGUAGAUGAUUUUCAGUUUGUCUCAGGCGAGAAGAGGGCGAGCAAACUGCUGGGCAACUUGAAGAAGUCGGGCCUUAAGCUCAAGAUAGAAGGACCGAUAGAUCCGUUUGGAGGACAAGGACAUUUCUUGAAGCGUUUGUUUCAAGGGAAGGAUGGCAGCAUCAGGGUGAUCCCAGAGAAGAGGUACGUGGAGAAGUUGAUCUCAAUCCUGCAACUUGAGCGCAGCGCGAGCAAAGCGACACCACUUCCCUCAACCAUAAGGUAUCCUCAAGAAGACCCGCCUUUAGAAGGUUCUGCGUACAGCACGUUCAGAAGCGCUUUGGGUCUUUUGCUCUACAUGGCCAAUGAUAUUCCAGAGAUCCAUUUUGCCAUGAGACUCCUUGGAUCCAGAUGUGCAAGUCCGAGUGAGUAUGACCUUGCGAUCAUGCGACAUGUGGGCAAGUACAUGAAGGGGAGACCUGAGUGGGUACUCCAGUUGAAGCUCACACGCCCUGGCAGGACAUUGGAACAGCGGCUUCGAGAGUGUGACACUGAAUGCACCAGAGAUCCCGUUAGCGAGCGUGGAAGCUUCAGUAGGUGUGAGCAUGACGUUGAACAUGAACAUGAAGGAGAAUGCAGUUUUGGUACAGGACAUGUCUUAGAAGUGAUCACGGACUCAGAUUGGGGUUCAAGGAUGUUUGGGCGCAAGAGUGUGUCAAGCUAUUCUCUCUACUUGAACGGCAACAUGGUUUUCGUGUCCACCAGGCUCCAAAAGUCCUACGCCCUAAGCUCAACAGAGGCUGAGUGGAUGUCUUCGUUGUUGGGAGUCGCAGACGGCAUCUUUGUCAAGCAAUUCCUUGAAACAUUCCUUGAAUCCGAGGUGAAGCUAGCGCACAGAGUGGACAACUCCGGGGCUCGGGCGCUGGCAUCACGAGAAGGAGCCGGCAAGCUGAGACACAUAGACUUGUCUUAUUUGUGGCUUCAGAAAGAGAAUCGUUCGGGGCACGUUUUGACAAGACCAAUUUCUACGUACGCAUGUCCGUCGGACCUGGGGACAAAACCUCAUUCAAAGAAGCGAAUCCUUUUCCUCCUGGGCUUGAUGGGGUACGUUGACAAUGAGACGGGCGUUUUGGCAGGGGGGAAGGAAGUGAAGGAGUACUUAGUCUCUGCAGCGAUCAAGCAAGGCCAGCAAAACAACAUCUUGAGAGUUCUGCUUGCUAGCUAUUUAGCUCCUGUAGCAAUGGGCUCCGGGAUUGGUGAGCAGUCCGAGAACAAUGCAACGAUUGUGCUCUUUGUGAUCAGCAUUUUCAUUGUCAUGAUCAUAGGGGGGUUUUGUGCAGCCACGUUGGGGUCAAGAGUCCAGCAGCUCAAGUUCGUCAAAAUCUCUGUUGGAUGA